CACAAGUUAGACCGGAUUACUUGUAUUACCUCAAGAUUUGAAGACAUACCAGGAUCAAAGCCGUUGCUUGUCAUAAGGAAUAUCUGGAGAUUUAUUCCGUAUCCUGGUAAACUAUUGUUUCCUUACGUCACUAUGCUGUGCUGACAACACAGUCGUCCAUUCGUACAUGCAAUUGGCCAACGGUCAAAUAUUGUCGGAAUUAACACUAAACUUCUAAAGCCAAUAUAAUUCUGAUUAUUGUCUCUCAAAAUAACCCCCUUUUGCGUGAGUCUGAAAUUGAAAAUUAAUAUUCAAGAGCACAUUUUACGAAAUAAAUAUGAACAAUACAUAUCUGAUAUAGAUAAUUUGCGACGUUGUGAAUUUGGAAUCUAAUUAACAGGUGAUCUUUAUCGACUAAGGGAAGAAAGCUACCACAGAGACCUCUACGAAAAGUAUGGGAAAAUCAUGAAAAUCACUGGAAUCCCAGGGCUUAAAAAUAUAGUGAUAGUCUUCGAUCCCGACGUCAUUGAAAAGGUGUACAGAAACGAAGGUCCGUGGCCGAUCAAGGAAACAGCAAAAAGUAUAACAUAUUAUCGUUUGUUUACAAGAAAAGAUAUCUUCCAAGGCGUUGGAGGAGUACUUGUAACUCAAGGUGAAACGUGGCAGAAGUUCAGAUCGAAAGUGAAUCCCACUAUGAUUCAGCCCAGGUCAACGAAAUUGUAUGUGGCACCCAUCGAUUCCGUUGCCAACGAUUUCUUGAAGAGAAUCAGACUGAUAAGAGACGAAAACUUGGAAAUGCCUGAUGAUUUCGGCAACGAACUCUGCAAAUGGGGAUUCGAGUCCAUUGUGUAUAUUGCUCUGGACACGCGCCUAGGCUGUCUGAAUGCAGAUCUUGCACCGGACUCAGAGCCUCAAAAGAUGAUAAACUAUGUAGAAGAACAGUUGGAAUGUGUGCACAAAUUGGAGACUAAGUUCCCGAUGUGGAAAUACGUGAGCACACCAACGUGGCGGAAAUUUGUGAAAGUCUCAGAUAUAUUUACUGAAUUCAGCCUGAAGUACAUCAACCAGGCUAUGGAGCGGCUCAAGGCCAUGCCAGAGGUCCCUGACAGGGAACUGACUGUCUUGGAGAAGUUGUUGAUCACAGACCCCGAUCCCAAGACCGCGAUGACCAUGGUACUGGACAUGAUGGAGGCCGGUAUUGAAACGUCUUCUUACUCCACCGCCAUUGGACUCUACCACUUGGCGAAUAAUCCUGACAAGCAGCAGAAACUGUUCGAAGAAAUACUGCGGUACCUUCCUGACAAGGAUCAGCCAGUUACUUCGGAAAUCCUGACUGAGCUCAAGUACCUGAAGGCGUGCAUCAAGGAAUCUAUGAGGGUGUCCCCUAUUGUUGUCGGAAAUCACAGAGAAACAUUUAAAGAUAUGGUUCUGGCUGAUUAUCAGGUACCAAAAGGAACCACCGUCAUCAUGCCCUUCCUAAUGCUGAGUAACUUGGAGCAGUAUUGCCCAGAAGCGGCGAAAUUCAUCCCAGAGCGGUGGCUGAAGACUGAACCGGAGCACAGCAAGAGAACGCACCCUUUCGUGACAAUGCCUUUCGGGUUCGGACCAAGAAUGUGCUUAGGCCGCAGAUUCGCUGAGCUGGAGAUAGAAACAUUAGUGACGAAGAUUAUCCGCAACUUUAUUGUUGAGUACAACCAUGAAAUGAAGUUCGAGAGUAAACUGCUCCGGAUACCUGUUUCACCACUAAAGUUCAAAAUGAUUGACAGGGAAUAAUUAAAUAUUUCUGUUGAUUUAUUCACGUCUACGUUCACAGAGAUGCAAAAUUCCACUCCAUAUAUUAGAACCAUCUAUGUCAGGAAGAUAUAAUAAGCAGACCAGUUCAUUCAGAGAUAAAAACACAUCAUAGGAAUACAAACAGAGAAGAAAUGGCAGCUCAGCGCAUCUCCUUGUGACAGCUGCAGUUCAAAAUAAUCAAAUGGGAUUAGAUAUGUAUAAUUAACAAUUGAACUGAUGAGUAUGGGCGAAUUGUUGCUUUUACUUCAUGUAUAUCCACUUACAUCUCUUAUAUUUUAUAUCUAUUCUUACACAAACAUGAGUUGAAACGGCAUCUAACAAUGGAUCAGAAAUGCAAAUCACAUGUGCCAGUGAACAGUGUAUAGACUUAAUAUUAUAUACAGGCAUUCUGAUACACUGACGUUCCACUUAUAGUCUAUGAAAUGUUCCGUCUGUAAAGCAACAACCAAUAAAAUUGAUUAACACUUCAA